AUGCCGUAUGAGUUCCAUUCCUCUCUGGUGACACACUCCAUUGACACAUAUUCUAUCUCAAGUAUCCAACUCACGCCGUGCCUUCCUCUACACGGUUCCCUUUAUGGAUUGCUCACUUUCUGGGUAAAGCUGGUCAGAACGGUUGUGCACAAGAAGAUGGCUGUUGUAGUCGCUCUUGAGGAAGUGAAGAGUGAGGAUCAGAGGGAGCUUGCAAUGCUUGUUAGUGCCGCCAGGGCUAACUUAGAUGCACUGUAUCAUCAUGUUCUGGAAGAAGGGAGUGCCAAGCUUCUGAAUGGGCAUGUUAGCCCUAUUAUACACCUUCAAAACGCACUUGAGAACGUCGAAAACGCUUAA